AGUCAGACUUGCUCUGCAGUUGCAUUCUUGGUGUAUGUAAAGGGCUGAAGGGAACCGGAGAAGGCAAAUAUGUGUCUAACUCUCGGUUGUGGGCGAUAAUUUGUUUUUAAAGUGUAAACUGCUGCGUUGAAAUCGUAAAACCGAACAGGAAACUGUGUUGGAGCGGUGGUGCAGCAACUGCAACUUCUCCUCUUCCUCCUCCUCACUUCACUUAAUUUGCCUCAGCUGGGUGUGUGUGUAGUCAACUUUGUAAUUCACAAUGGCAGAGCCACCAUUCGCUGGCGAGGGGAGAGCGUACGCGGGUGACCAGCAUACGCGGGUGACCAGUCGCUCCAAACCAGGCUUUCUGGAGCGGCUGGGUGAGACGACUGGAGGAAUGGUGGUUGGACUCGGAAUAUUCUUCCUCUCCUUCUAUGUACUCUUCACCAACGAGGGUAGAGCUCUGCGCACGGCAGCAUCCCUGGAUGAGGGCUUGUCCCAGGUGAUCUCGCUCAGUCCUUACUCCAGCGCAUCACCCCAGUACCAUGGCAACCUGGUACACCUCACGUCCAAAUUACACACUGCACAGGCGCUGCAUGACCCCAACUACAGAAUUGCGCUGCAGGCCGUCAAGCUGAAGAGACAGGUGGAGAUGUACCAGUGGGUGGAAUACCAGGAGAGCAAGGAUUAUGUGGAGGAUGGGGAACAGAAGAGUGAGACGACAUACACCUACAACACUGAGUGGAAGUCCGAAGUAAUCAACAGCCGCAACUUUGACAAAGAAAUUGGGCACAUGAAUCCUAGUGCCAUGGCGGUGGAGAGUGUUACUGUGGUAGCACCGGAGGUCUGGGUGGGGCCCUUCUCCCUCUCCAAAGGUUUGGUAGACCAGAUAAACAACUUCCAAACUCUGAGUCUGGCAGGGCUACCCUGGUCUGCUGUCGACCCUUUCCUCUCUGUGGAUGGAGACUACUUUUACCACACGCAAAACCCUCGCCGCCCAGAAGUGGGCGAUGUCCGAGUGAGCUUCUCAUACGCUGGCCUCAGUGGAGAGGGGACUUGGCCUGGGCCUGCUAACACGGUGAGCAUUGUGGCUAUGCAGAAUGGUGAGCAGUUGGCUCCUUUUAAAACGAAAGCAGGCAACACUCUGGAGAUACUCUACAUGGAGGACCUCACUGCAGAGGAAGUGUUUGAGCGAGAGCAUCAGCACAACAGCAUGAUGACAUGGGCUCUCCGGGUCGGGGGAUGGGCACUCAUGUUCCUUGGAGUCAGCCUCACCGUACGCAUUGUAUACACGCUGGUGGACUGGUUGCCCAUAGUCAGAGAGCUGGUGUCUUUGGGCCUGAAGCUGUUCGCUCUGUGCGUGUCGAGCUCCUUGUCCCUGAUGACCAUCGCUGUGGGCUGGCUGUACUAUCGCCCUCUUGUGGCUGUGCUCAUAGCUGCACUGGCACUGCUGCCCAUCCUCCUCGCUCGCUCUCGCGCCCCCGCCAAGAAGCACCAAUGACCUCUGACCCGGGCGUUGCCAUGACACCAUCAUGACCUCAUCAACCGUAUUCUCACUGGAUGUUCUAGCUCUUUUUCUUUUGCUGUGAUGUCACAAUGCAGUUACUAUGCUCGUCACCAGAGCAAACAAGCUCUCAUUGACUCAGUCAGAAAGGAGUUUAUACUGUUGAAGUAUAUAGUUAAUAGGAACUAUACCGGUACGUGAGAAGGGUAGCCACCAAUGGCUUCGCCUGGACAAUUUAACUACUCUACAUGUCUGUGAAUCAGCAGGCUUUCCGCAGGUUUUUGAAAGUGUAAAAGACCGUUUUCUUACUCUUGUAUACAGCACCAUUCAUUUUCAGGGCUUUGCAUAUCAAGCAGAAUUCAUGUCUUCAUGUUAAAUGCCACAGUACUGAGUACUUUUUCAUGCACACCUUUUUGAAAGUCGCCCCGUUAAGCUGUCCUUUAUUAAUGUGAGUGGUACACUUCACACAACAGGCUCAAGCAAGGUGUACAUCCAAGCAACAACACUGGGCUAUGUUUGCAGGACUGUGAUCUUAUGUGUGGUGUGGUUGCAUAUGGUUGACGGAAGGAAUGGCACUCCUUCACGAAUUAAGUUUAAAAAAUCCUCAUCUUUGAAUGAAUGAAGUGUCUUGUUGCUCAGAGAUUGUGAAGACCAUCAGUACUGAACUUAUCAUCCUGAACUUUAUAUUGCCAAAGAAUAAAGAAGUUGGUACAAAGUCAAUUAUUGGUGCACUGAUUUAUAGCUAAACUUAUUUUAAUGUAUAUGACUUCACCUUUUAUAUUGCCAGCAUGUAUUGUUUGUGAACCAUGUUUGAAUUUUGAUGCCUGACACCUGUUUACUGUGUAAUAAAAAGGUAUUUUCUGA